GAUUCUUAUUUCUUAGUGAUUACUUAAGACACAAGCAUAUAGUUUUUCUUUUGCUUCUCAGCCCAUUUGAAGACAUAACUUGUAUUUCCUCCUCACAAGCUUCUGUUCAGCUGAAGCAGAGGCAGCAAUGGGUUUGGCAAUUUCUCGAUUCGUGAAGAUGCUUUUUGCGAGGAAAGAAAUGAGGAUUCUUAUGGUAGGUCUUGAUGCUGCCGGAAAAACCACCAUCCUCUACAAGCUGAAACUCGGAGAAAUUGUUACCACCAUUCCCACUAUUGGGUUCAAUGUGGAAACUGUUGAAUACAAAAAUGUUAGCUUUACCGUCUGGGAUGUAGGAGGACAGGAUAAGAUUCGACCAUUAUGGAGACACUACUUUCAAAACACCCAGGGUCUUAUCUUUGUGGUGGAUAGUAAUGACAGAGAAAGAAUCUCAGAAGCCAGAGAUGAGCUCCAUCGGAUGCUUAGUGAGGAUGAGCUUCGUGACGCAACUUUGCUUGUGUUUGCCAAUAAGCAGGACCUUCCAAAUGCCAUGAGUGUCUCUGAAAUCACAGAUAAACUAAGCCUGCAUUCACUCCGUCAGCGCCGAUGGUACAUCCAAGCUGCAACUGCCACUUCUGGCCAAGGACUUUAUGAAGGUCUUGAUUGGCUAUCCAGCAACGUCACUAGCAAGGCAUAACUUGAGAAGGUUGAUGCACCUUUGUUUUAGAGCCAUUACCGUAUCAAUCCAGCGAGUCUGUAACUAAACUUGUGACUUUUACAAGUGAAAAGCAUGAAAUGGAAAUGAACUCUACAUACGUGUGUAAUUUUUUGAAUAGCUAUUGUAAUCAUACUAUCAUACGAUUUGGUGUGAUA